AUGGUACUCGGUGACGGAAUUCGUCGCAACAUUGCGACAGUCAGCAAAGAAGAACGUGAUCUGUUCAUUGACGCAGUGAAACAAUUGAAUAGGAUUCAAUACAACCUCACUAGUUCUAAAACUGAUUUCCCUGCCGGUCAUGUCUCAUACUGGUUUAAACAGGAUGAUAUUCACCAAAGCUCCCACGUACACAACUGUCCGGGCUUCAUUUCGUGGCAUCGGGAGAUGUGCAACCGCUAUGAAUCCCUGCUCCGAACGAUCCAUUCGGAGUUGUCGCUGCACUAUUGGGACUGGAACUGCGAUCCAUCCGCCAUUUCUGAUGGCCAAGGCGGCGUUGUCAACCUUUUUGAUGCUGAUUUCAUGGGGAACGCUGAUGACACCGUGAACGAAGGUUCGAUGGCAGCGAUACCCCCCAUUUUCUCAAUCGAUAAACCUGGCCCAAAUGAUACAUCUACUUGGAGAUACCCUUCGAAUUUUAAUCCCGCGGAUCCUCCUAAGACCUUGACCAGAGGCAAAUCAGCUGGUAGACCGGCAGUAGGAGGUCCACGGUGGCCGAAAGAUGAAGAUAUAUUGAAUGCAAAUACCUCGGAACAAUUCAGAGCUCUCAUUGAGCGUGCUCAUAACCAGGCACACGGUUAUAUUGGGGGGAAUCUCGGCAAUCCCCACAUCUCCUUUCGAGACCCGUUCGUGUUUCUUCUGCAUUCAAAUGUCGAUCGGCUUUGGGCUAUCUGGCAACUCCAGCCAGGCCAUGUGGAGCGGCUUGAUCCUAACCAGGUUUACAAUACCGAGAGCAACUCAACUGGUGAUGUUGAGAUCGGCAGACCGUUCUGGGGGAUCCUCAGCCCACUAGAACCCUGGGCCGGCUUCACAGCUCAAACGACUGCAACAGGAAUCAUCAAAAAUCUUUUACCGAUUCGUCCGUGGUUCGCACCGGAAAAUAAAGAACAUAUGACGGGGAACUACAAGACCGCCUUGGACGUUUCCGUUGUCACCCUGCCAAGCUACGACACGGCACCACACUCCGGAAGCCCUCACGGAUAUCAAUAUUGA